GUAACAUUCUAUAGGAACCGCACGUGCGCCCAGACAGUUAAUUUAUUUAUAUAAAUAAUAUCAGUUACCAAAAUGAGAAACUUAAUAUUGGUCAUAGGAUUAGUGCUGUAUGGGUAUGUUUCAGGACAAGAAUUCGACUGUCCGGAAAAGAGUGGUUACUACCCGGAUCCAUACCAAUGCGACCUUUACUACAAAUGCUCGAAAGGUCAAGCGGAAACACGAUUGUGCCCGGACGGACUCGUAUUUUCUGAUGAAAACCCCAAUAAGGAACGCUGUGACAUACCAUCUAACGUAGACUGUGGCGAUAGGAAAGAAUUACAGGAACCUAAGCCUUCUAAAGGUUGCCCACGACAGAACGGCUACUUCAAGCAUCCCGAUCCUCAGGCAUGCGACAAGUUCUAUUACUGCUCCGAUGGCACCCCGAACGAGCUGCCGUGCCCUCCAGGACUUUACUUCGACGAUGUGACAUCCAACUGUGACUGGAAGGAAUCUGUGGACCGAACAUGUGAUCAGAUUACCAAGGAUGUGCUCGACGACGGGUUUUCGUGCCCCGACGGUGAAGUAAUGGGACCCAACGGUCGCGCCUUACCCCACCCAACGUAUCCUCAUCCAGAGGAUUGUCAGAAGUUCUACAUUUGCCGUAACGGCGUGCAACCACAAAAAGGAAGCUGUCCCUCCGGAAAGGUCUACAAUGAAGACACGUUCAUGUGCGAUAAUCCCGAGAAAGUUCCUGGAUGUGAAAAUUACUUCGAAGGCCAGCCGCUAGAGAAGAACAAGUUACCUAAGAAGGCGUGAAGAGUGUCAUAGAUAUAGUUAAGGUUCUAGUGCGUAAUGUAAUCAAUAAAUAAGU